CAGUUUGGUACAAUCUGCCAUCAAGUGUAGCUCUAUUUACCUGCUGAAGCUACUUUCUUUUAGUCAAUAUACAAUAUAUAUUUAGAAUGCAUCAGGUAAUUCUACUGUAAUGCCCUUUGCACUGAAAUUAAAUUCUGUCAGAUAGCAAGUGCACUAUGUACAGUAAUGGGAAUGAUUUCAUGUGAACGUAAAAUGUGUCAUGAAGCGUAUCACGUGAGUCAUGAAACUCAAGCCAGGUAUCACGCUCCACCCACAGAGGUGGCAUCAGGAGGGCAGUGUGAUGGAUUAUCUCACCACUGUUGCAGUUCAAGCCGCUGGUAAACAGUGUGCGCAUGUGUGUCACUCACCUGUAGUCACGUAGGAAAAAGACCGGUUUAACCAGAUGUGCAUGCCUGAGAGCGGGUUAAAAACCCGAGCGGCUUACAGGCUUCGACUCCUUUUUGGGGAUUUUGAUUUUGCACACGAUAUUUCCUUUUGGAAAAUGACCAUCAAAACUUUUGCAAUCGAAUAUGAUGCCAUCAACAGCAAAAACACCUUCACAAAUGGAGAUACCAUUAAUGGGAGAGUCAUCGUAGAGGCCUCUAAGGAAACUACAGUCAAAUCGCUUGUUUUUACAGCAACUGGAAAAGCUCGGGUCAGAUGGAGUGAACAUUACGGACAAAAUCAGCAUCAUGUGUACUGGGCCAAUGAAAAAUACUACAAUGUCAAACACCAUAUCUUGAGAGAGAAAAGACAAGAUGGCACAGAGGUCAUUGGCAAAGGAAGACACGUAUUUCCUUUUUCAUUCAGCAUACCUGACAGGAAGAUUCCAUCAUCUUUCAAAUCCAACACGGGGAAAAUUGUUCACAAACUGAAGGCUGAGCUUAAACAAUCAAUGAAGCUGACAAAAGAGGCAAAAACUCACUUCAUGUUUGUGUCCAAAGCAGACAGGGACAUUCCCGGACUUAUGGAUCCUCAGCAUGGCUGUAAGGACAAAUCCGUCAAAGUUUUUGGCUCCGGAAACCUUUCAAUGGAUGUUCACACCCAGAGAAUGGGCUUCAAGCAAGGCGAGGCUCUCCAGCUCACAGUUAAGGUCAGAAACAACUCAUCGCGUUCAGUGAAGCCUAAAUUCGUACUGUAUGAGAAACAGAGUUUCUACGCAAUGGGGCACAGGAGAAUCUCCACAAAUGAGAUCCUUAAGGAGAAGAUGGAGUCAAUUGCAUCUUCUGGUAAAGAGACUGUGACCAAGGUGAUAACAAUCCCCUGGGAACUACCUCCCUCCAUCCUGAACUGUUCCAUCAUCAAGCUGGAGUACAAGCUGAAGAUCCAUCUAGAUAUCAAAUAUGCUGCGGACCCAGAGAUCAAACUCCCCAUAGUCAUCUUGCCAUCCUCUGAGGUCCUGGCUGUAAAACCACCACCUGCCGCUGCUGGUUUUGGAUUUGAAGCAUUUGGGAACCCGGACGAAGUACCCUGGGGCAUGCCGCCUCCAUCACAAGCUCCAUCCCAGGCUGCAGAGCCCCCACCGCCCUAUGGGGCAUAUGCAAUGUACCCCAUUUACCCUAGUUGAUAACCUUUUGUUCAUUUUGAUCACCUUUUGAUCAUUUUGAUCACCUUUUGAUCAUUUUGAUCAUUGUUGGUCAGUUUACAGCCAUGAUAGCGCCAAACAUUUUUUUUAACCUAUUUAAUUGUGAAUUUGUCAUUUUUCUUUUCUGUCAGUAUUAUGUGUAACUUAACUGCAUUUCAUCACAUAGAUAUAAUUACUGUUUACUAAACAUAUAGUAAGACUGUUCAUGUUACACUGUACAUCACUAUGCAUCGAAAUGUUUCCUAAAAUUACACAAUUUUCUACUAUAUUUUCUCAAUCAAUAUUACAAAAGUGGGGUGGCUUUAUAUUCAUACCUGUGUAUGUACAUAUGUAUGUACAUAUAUACGCAAACUGUAUCUCACGUAUCAACUUGUGAUUUUAUUAACACACAGAGAAAUUAAAAUGUUUUUACAAAC